AUGAAGAGCAUCUCGUCGCACUCGUUCAAGUCUUUGACGACCAAGCUCAAGGGCUCGGACACGUCUCCCGUGUCGUCGCUACGAUCGUUUGACGGGCCAUUGUGUGAUGAGAAGCUAUUGCUGCCACAACAUGAAUUUGCGGCACGGGUCGAAAAGGCACUGGAACAUGACGUUUGUGGUCCACUGUCGUCUCGACAACUCAAGCUCUCGGCCGUUCCUUUUUCGUCCUUGGCAUCGCAGCUUCGGACGCGAGUCUUGGAAUCCGGAGGAUACUUUUUGAGUGGCAAGUUUGGCGAUGGCACCAGUACCACGGCCGCAUCAACCACAGCUAGUAGUACCGGUAGUGCCGCAGGUGGUAACAGCAGCAAUAGCUCUGGCGGAGGAGAAGCGUACAGUGGUCUAGCCAUGGCCAUGGAAGACUUUGCCGAGCAGAUUCUGGAACGAGAUUGGGACAAGGCCAUCCGAAACAAGUUGCACGAGUUUCUACAGGGAAACGAGACGGUUCUCUUGGAUGUAUUCCCAGCCCUUCAAACAGUCUUGUCGUCGGAAGAGGAUUCUACCACGGAAGAAACACAACAAGACAACAAGGCUGAUGAUCAGGAGCAAGCCAUUGCAACAACACCCAACCAAGCUGGUGAAGAAUCAGACGCUGGCUACAAGAGAUCCGAAGAGUCCAGGGACAACCGAAGCAAACGACGGGUUUUCUUCUUUCAACAAUUCUUUCAUGCCGUCCUGUCGGCUAGUAGUAGCGGUCACAAACAGUCCAAAAAGCCAUGUAUAGUCUUGGUACUGGACGACGUUCAAUGGAUUGGCAAGGCGUCUCUGGAUUUGCUGAGCUCAUUGGUUCGGGAUCCCGAUCUGGGAUCCUUUCUACUCAUCACCACCAAUCGCCCCAUUCCACCGGAUCAUCCCAAUCAGAUCAUACCUCAACAAAUGGAUGCCUGGAGAACCGAACGAGUUCGGAUACACGAAUACGCUCUGGAGAAUCUGUGUAUCUCCAGUGUCGAUGACAUUGUCACUGCCUGUCUGGAUCUCAAACAACAGCAAGAUGAAUACAACCACCUGGAUUGUCAAGAUAGCAUUACAUUUCCACUGGCACAAAUCAUUCAUCAACGAACCCAAGGCAAUCCAUUCUUUGCCGUCGAGUUGUUGAAAGCACUCGUCGAUCAACAGUUGCUCACAUUUAGCUAUGCCUCCAUGGAUUGGACCUGGGACAUUGACAAGGUGUAUUCGCUCGGUAUGACCAUGACGGACAGUCCCGUCGAUUUACUCAUUGCCAAAGUCAAACGAUUACCACCCAAUCAUCAGCUAAUUCUAUUGAUAUCAUCCUGUCUCGGUGGAACCUUCAAGGCUCCAUUGAUUCGAAAAGUGUUGCAAUCAUUGAACCACCCUUCUGCUGCUACUACCAGCAAUCAUGAUAAUAAGGUUUGCGAGAGUGACACUGAUGACAAAUCCAUCUUGUCACUCAUGACCAACAAUAGCAACAGCAGCAAGAAUGUUCCCGUCUUGGAAACUCUGGAAACAUUUGUUCAGUCGGGACUACUGGAACGCAAUGGCAAGUGCUUCUACUUUGUACACGACAUUAUACGACAAGCCGCCAAGGAGUUUGUGUCGCCGGAACAUUUGGAAUGGAUGCGGCUGCGAGUGGGCGAAACCAUCCUGCGAGGCAUCAAGUUGUCGUCGUCGUCGACCACGUCGCAAGAUGCGCGCCGCGUCAAGAACGAAACCAACUUGUUUCUGGGGGUCGACCUUUGCAACAGUGCCUUGCGUCUUUUGGGGGAAAACCAAAGGGAGACAACAACAAGUGGUAUUGAGGUGGUGGUAGAAAACGGUAAUAGUCACGACAACAGCCAUCAUCUCGAGCUACUGGACUUGGCUCGAUACAAUCUUUGUUCGGGGGAAAAGGCCAUGCGGGAGUCCGCCUUUGUACAAGCCGUUCGUUACUUCAAGACGGGCAUUCAAAUCUUGCAAAUGGCGCAGCAGCAACCCGACCACGCCAACAACAACGACAGGACUACUAUCGACGAUGAGCUACGGGCGGGCCUGUUGUCAGGAGCCGCAGAAGCCAGCUAUUGCUCGGGAAACUACGAAGAUAUGAACGUUUUUGCCGAACAGCUUCUCGACCGAAGCGACUGUCCCGAAGAGGUCAGAUUGCGCAUGCUGUUCUUCAAGGUACAAUCCGCCGCUGCCCAAGAGUUUGCACACGAAGCAUUGGAUAUUGGCUACGCUGCCGUACAGUUGCUGGGAAUGGCAACCUUCCCGCGAUACCCCACACCAUUUCAUGUGUUGACGGAAAUUAUCAAAACCAAACGGGCACUCCGGAAUCAUACACUGGAGACAUUGAAAGAGCUGCCGGUCGUGACUGAUACGAGACGAAUCGCUGCCAUGGAAUUUCUAAAUGCCAUGAAGGGCCCCGCCGGUGUAUCCAAUCAAAAUUUCCUCAUUGUAACCUUUCUCAAGUCGGUUCGAUGGGCUGUCAAGUACGGUCUUGGGAAACACUCGCCCGGUGGAUUUGCCGUGUACGGUACCAUUCUCAAUGCCAUGUUUGGGGAGGCAGAUUCGGCCGUCAUGUUUGGGGACUUGGCACUGGCGUUGGCGGAACGAAUGGGUGUGCAAGAAACUACCGCCGAAACAUCGACGCUGACAUUUGGAAUGCUGCGCCAUUGGACGAGUGACAUGCGAAGCUGCUAUCCUCCUUUAGUGUACGCUCAAAAGCUUGCCUUGGAAUGCGGUGAUAUCGAGACUGUGACAUUCUGCUUUGUAUUUGGGAGCAUUAUACUGUGGUGCACGGCGUUGAUAUCACUCCCUGAAAUGGGACGGCACUUGCAACGACAAUGUGUCAUGUGUCGGGACUUUAAGCACUGGUCCAUGUUGGAGAUUCUCACCAAUCUUGGGAUUCAUCUGCGACGAUUGUGCCGUGGCAAGGAAGAUCAUGCGUUUGUCUGGCUGGAUGACCCUGAAACAUCCAGCCUCAAGUCAGGUGGGAGCGCGGAGAAGAAACCCAAAGCCAAUGUCCGAGAUCCCACCAUUGAGUUGUUUUAUGAUUGCAUGGCACUGCAAUCGCACGUGCUGUUGGAGGAAUGUCGAGAAGCCCUCGAUUGUGCCAAACGAACCUAUGCCAUGGGUACCGAGCUUUGCAUUGGACAAGCGUAUGUGCCUCGUACUCAGUUUUACCGCGGUGUGAUCCAUCUGUCGUGUGCUGCCAAGCACAGCCUGACUUCCUGGAAACACUUGUACGAGGCCAAGCGAGCAUUGUCGCUCUUGAAGAAAUGGGCCAAGAAUGGCGAGAACAAUCACAAUUCCGAUCACAUGAUUAGUCUUCUGGAUGCCGAAUUGGCACGAAUCCGUAACCGCAAAACGAAGGCGAAACAAUGCUAUUCCAAUUCCAUUGCUCAAGCGCAAGAGAGCGGGCACAUUCAAGAUGCCGCCCUGGGGCACAAAUGUGCCGCCGAGUUUUAUCUUGCUGUGGAUAAAGACAAGGCCACGGCAGCGUAUCAUGCGGAGCAAGCCGUUCGUUGCUUUCGCAGUUGGGGAGCCAGUGCGGUUGCAGCCCAAUUGGAGCAGCGGUAUGAGACGUUGCUCGUGGCAGAAGAUGGUGCUUCCAGUUUGAACAGCAACCAGCAAUGA